CCAGGUUUGCCGGCUUUCUAUUGGCCGUCUCUUUCGCAGCGGUCGUCGGGUAUUGGCUGCGCGGUGGGAGUUGCAGCCGAGGUUUACAGUACAGCCUUUUGAAGUAAGCAGGGAUAAUGAAAAGCAUGAGGUGAGACUGCUUUACACGCAAUAUACCACAGCCUCCGCAUAGAUGAAAGUAAAACAGUUGAUCUGCAACAACAAGAGUGAUUUCAUCAUUAAACGAGGCAGGACUGCCUUUGUCCAAGUGUACUCAUCACAUGACGUGAAAAUCUACCUAUAUCUGUGUUAAACACAUGGCAAAGCCAGACGUGGAUUAAAGCCCUGACAGCUGAUCAAGGUCCAGUGGUCAAAGAAAAGUGGCAGAACAGAUUUACAAGGCUAUUCCCAUUAAAUCAAGGUCUCUGUGUGAGUGCAGUAAGAUAACUACGAUUUCAUAUGUAACAGCCACAUUUUGAGGACGAUGGAGACCUUGUCACAGAGCUCCAAGCUGGAGUGCCAAAUCUGUUUUAAUUACUUUAGCCAGCGGCACCGUCCUAAACUACUGCACUGCCAGCAUACAUGCUGCUCCGUGUGUUUGAGCCAAAUGAGACUGAGUCAGAAAGAGAUCCGCUGCCCUUGGUGCCGGUGUGUGACUCAGCUCCCCAGCGGCCUGUCUGUUUCCUAUCUUCCCGACGACCCGGAAGUGCUUUCCAUCAUCAGUUUGUCACACUCCUCUGAGCACACUCCCAUCUUCAUACAGCUUCCGAACAACACCUGCUACCUGGUGCCAGUUCCUCUGGAUUCCGAUGGAGAGUUGAUCCCCGGAGAGCAGGUGUGCCGCUUCGGCCCUAAAAGUGCUGCUGUGUUAAAUGUCUCUGAUGGGCGGAGCCUGGUAUUGGGGGAGGACCUGGAAGAGGAGGUGAUCGGGGACGAAGCUGCAUUUAAGACAACGGCAUGGACAGGAGUUUGCACUGUGCUACUUGUAGCAUUCAUUUUAAUUUUUCUGCUGGGUAUUGUGUUGCACAACAUGUCAUGUGUCUCCAAACGGUUCACCAUUAUUUCCUGUGGAUGAGACCGGAUGACCAGUGUUGCCCUUAUGUGGCUUGAGAUAUCUUGCUUGAGUACAGUAGUGAUUAUGGAGAUCAUAGCCUCUGUUAUAGGAUAUGAUGAUAACUGUAGACAUGGGAGAGUAAGGGAAUGAAAUAAAACAUUACAAACUGUCAAGGGAACAGUCUAUGCAGAUUUAAUGGUGUUUCAAAUGUCAUUGAAAGCUUUAAUUUCUUCUUAAAGGGGUAGUUCACCCAAAAAUCGUGUUAUUACGAACAUGUAUAAAUUUCUUUGUUCUGAUAAACAUGAAGGAAGAUAUUUAGAGGAAUGUUUGUAACCAAAUCGAGCCCCAUUCACUUCCAUAGGUUACAAAUAUCUUCCUACAUGUUCAUCAGAACAAAGAAAUUUAUACAGGUUUGCAGGACCGGCGUUACCUAUAGGGAGAGUUGGCAAACGCCUAGGGCCUCAAGCUUGGAGGGGGGCCUCCAUAUCUGCUAAAUCCAUGUGUGCUAGUCCGACAAUCACUUUAUAUAGCAAUACAUAAAGUUUUAAGGUAAGUUCGACUUUAUACGGGGGCCGCCGCCGCAACCGGAUGACAUCGAAGGCACGUGAGAAUCAUUGAUAAGCAGACUCCUCUGUAUGAUUUUGUUGAUCAUCCACCUGCACAUUACUGUACAUGUAUGAUGCUUUGAUAUCAUCCACCUGCAGCGCCUCAUGAAGGUAAAGAAGCCUAGAUGAACAGCAUCCAAAUCUCUGCACCUGACCGACUUUGAGUGAUGCUGAAAGCGGCUAUCGCAUGCAAAGACAGUUCAGUACAUGAUGCAGGUAUUUUGAAAUAAUGCGUUUAAAAAAUAAACUUAGCUUUGUUCUGUGUAUCAACGUCAUUUCAGGACAGAUUAAACUGCGCUGCUGACACUGUGUAAAAAAGUUUGUACACUGUAAAAAAUACUUUACUGCCUUAAAAUUUUUUGUUGAAUCAACUCAGAUUUAUAAGUCAUUUCAACUUACUAUUAUUUAUCUUGACUAGAGAUGAGUUGUUAUAACUACAGGUGAGUUGUUAUAACUUAUAAAAUUAAGUUGACUUUUCUUAACUAUAUUUUAUAAGUUGUGAUAACUCAUCUCUGUUGACAUGACUUGUAAAUCUGGGUUGAUUUAACAAAAAAUUUUAAAGCAGCAAAGUAUUUUUUACAGUGUAUUUAAAGUCAAACAGCAAACAACACUGGCGUUACCUAAAGUAAACUGUAUAUCUUGUAAGUCCUCUACACUUUAUUUUAGUUUUCAAAUCAUAAAAACAUGAUGCAUAUUUAUUUGAAUUUUUUUUUUAUUCUGCUUAGUAGUUUGUUUGUUUGUUUAACUUCCAGUGGCAACUGAUUUGGAUAUUUAAGGUAUAAAAAGGUAUUGCAAUUUGAAAUGCAUAUAUGAAUAUAUCCAUAGUCUAAUAGAUAACUUUAUACUGUAUAUUGGUUCAAUAAGAGGGGAAUUACCCAGCUAAAAAAAGUUUUCUAGGAGGUGUUCAUCUGUAGUUUUUUACAGUUAGGGUUUUUUUCAAUGUAGUGUUGUCUUUUUAAUUUUACUCUUUGGAGAAAGCAAAACUGUUAUCCUGUGUUAUACCAAAAAGAUGACAACAGAUUUGACCUGCCUUAAAAUGUUUAAAAGAUGAGGUUUUGCAUAAUUUCUUAUUAAAUUUUAACAUAAAUUUAAUCAAUUUGUUAACUUGAUAAAACUUGAGAAAAUAAUGGGAAAAAUAUGUGUAAUCACUGUUGUGCUUAAAUUAUUUCUUACAGGUUAGAAAAAACACGUUCUCACAUUAUUCUAAAAAUUUUAGGGGUGUGAGGGGCCUCCAACAUACAUUUUGCCUAGGGCCUCCAAAUAUCUAGAACCGGCCCUGCAGGUUUGUAACAACACGAGACUGCGAAAACAAUGACAGAAUUUUCAUUUUUGGGUGAACUAUCCCUUUAAUGUUUAACUGGGGGAUUUGUUCAAAUAAUGUGCAGAAAUGUCAUUAAUGAAUCUAGCAGUAUUGACUAAAUGUAUUUGCAUGUCUUUUUUUAGGUAUCUGAGAGAAAUCCUUUUUCAUGUGGUCUCUAAACUGUACUAAAUUAUGUAUUAUUGAUAGUACAGUACACUAGGUUUGUCUGGUUUGUGACUAAACUGUAAAAUCCAGAUAUAUUAGUGUGUAGAUUCACUGCCUUGAAUAAUGCUAUUUUCUUUGUGUAUCUAAAUGGGUAUGUUGUUUAAAAUUUGUAAUGUACAGUAAGUUUUAUCUGACCAGUGUCUUUCUGUAGCAACCUUCUUUUUUUUUUACUUGUGGAUUUUGCCUUUGAUUAAACAAAUCUUGUUUCCUUUCGUCACUGUUAA